AUCACUGUCAAAGAUGUACGUUUUCACCGUGAAUUUGCGUUAUACUCCGAGAAGAGGACCAGUUGAAAAAUCGCCGCGGUAGAAUCAUCAGCAGAGUAUAAUGCACUGCACGGAUAACAGUUGUCUCUCUCUCUGAUGUGAAACAGUCGGUAUUGACAGCUCUCAUCGCGAUCCGGGAUAACCUCUCGGCCCAUUCGACAACAGUGACAACUCUUGCCACGUACCGAGUCGUAUAACUGAAACCGGACUCCGAGAGAAUGGCGUGUCUUUCGUUAAAUCAGGAAAAUGUCCACAUAAAAAUAUCUUCGGCCGACACCGUUGACGGUGUCACUUAUUAUUGCAUCGAGGUUAGGAUUGCUUCUAUCAAAUGGACUGUGAAGCACAGAUACAAUGAUUUUGUGGAACUUCACGAUAAGCUUGUCCUGGAGCACUGUGUUGAGAAGGAUAUAUUGCCACCAAAGAAGCUUAUCGGUAACAAGUGUGAAGCUUUCGUAGAAAAAAGGAGACAAAGCUUAGAAGUCUAUUUGAACGGCGUCUACAACUACUUGAAAAAAGCAAUGCCUAGGGAAUUGGCAGUGUUUUUGGAUUUGCACCUAUACGACAUAUUUUUCCUAUUGCAGAGUCUGGCUUUAGAAUUUUAUACAGAGGGUAGUUGUUUGUUACAGAAGUCCAAGAGUUACACAUUUAAUCCAGUGCAGUUGUACGCUAUUAGCGAAAGGUUAAAGCAUCCUUGUCCACCGUUAGAAGUCGUCGAUCGAAAAUACGACUUCAGUCACGUUUUAGAUUUCACUUCGCAUUUAACCGGUCUCACGAUCGAAGGCAGCUUAGAGCCUUAUAAGACGAGCAACAUUUACUCGUCGACGCUCGCGAUCGAAUUAUCGAGUUUCAAGAACGUUGAAGAUUUAACUAUCGUACAAUAUCCGGUGGAUAAAAUCUAUCACAUGGGCACUCUUCGCGACACGGUGAAACAUUUGACGGUGAACAACACGAAACUGAGAAAUAUCGUCGAACUGGCAAUGUGCGAGGAAGUUCACAAAAUGAUUGACAACGCCAACGAUUCUCACAUCUGGAUGAAGGUCACUCAUUUGGACCUCAGCGACAACCGAAUAGAAAUUAUAGACGUAGCGAUCAGAUUAUUGCCGCACAUAGAGUGUCUCAAAUUGAAUAACAAUCUUCUUUCGGAAAUAUCGAAUAUCACUUUAUUACCGAGACUGUCCCAAUUGUACUUGGCGUCGAACAACUUCACAAGUCUGCCUGAAGAUUUACACACGAAACUCGGUUACAUCGUCUAUAUCGAUUUAUCGCAAAAUAAGCUAACUUCGUUAUCGAGUUUCUCGAAAUUGUAUUCGUUGGAGGGACUGGACAUGAGUUGCAAUCGCAUCGAAAAGAUCGAAGAGGUUAAGAACAUAGGGCACCUGCCCUGUUUAGAAAAUCUCAGAUUAACCGGUAAUCCUGUGUCGACGAUCGUCGAUUACAGAGUGAAAGUGUUAGAACCGUUCGGUAAAAGGGCGGCCGACAUUUGCCUGGACAACGAAAAACCUAAUCAAAAAGAACUGGACACCGUUUCUGUUCAUCAAGCGCUACGGAUCGCGAGGGAAGGUAAAUCGCCCACGUUUACCGCAUCGGAUGCACCAUUAUUCUCCGCGGAAAUUCCGAGUAUAUAGAAAACGUGGAAAGUCUAGUUCCGAAACUGCAGACUUUUCGCGCAAAGAACACUUUGAUAUUAAUUUUUAUAAUCAACUCGAAGUUUGUUCCGGGAAGAGAACCUUUUUAAACGUAUCGUAGAUUUUACGAAGAGUCGAUAAAGGACCGCGAAGUUACGAAACUAUACAUUCGAAAUAUUGCUUUUCCCAGUUGCGUGAGACAGUGUGAGAUACAUAAAGACAGGCCACCUGAACAGUCAUUUUAUAGAUGAACAAACACACUUGCAAUAAAUCUUUUUUGUAGGUGGACGUAGUAAAAAAAUAUAACGAUCAAUAUUUUUUUAAUGGAAUCAACAACUUUUUAUGACAGAAUUCGAUAUAUGUAGUAAGGAAUUUUUAGCAUAUUUAUUUAGCAACGAAAUUAAAGAAAUUACUCAGGCUGCUUGCGUUAAGUGCCCUGCCCUGUGUUCCCAGAUUCUGCUUCUGAAAACACAAAAUCUGUAUAAAAAUGGAAAAAGUUGAUCUCGAAGUGAUAUUUCGUCCAAAACAAUACACACAAGCGAAGCAAAUGUACGCGAAUAGGUUCCUUCGCGCGUAAAAUUGAAUUUCCUAUUUAAAUCGGCGUAAAUUGACGUGACUCUCGCCUAUGAUUUUUUUAUAUUGUACUUAUUGCUGAUUAAACGCGUCCAUACUUUUGACAGAAUGAUAUGCAAUCAGUAUAACGUAUACCAAAACAGUAAGCGAGUAGUUUAAGAUCUAGAUUUGUCCAUUGUAUUUAUGUAGUUGAAUCCGGGUAUUAAAACAAUUUAGUACAUUCAGGGUAGUUACGAAAAUUAUCAUUCUCUCUGUUUGAGGAUAACGUGCCACCUAUUUGUAUAAAACGAACGAAUUUGUAAGAUUUUUCUGUGUACAUAAUUCCUUUUAAAUUCUAUAUUACACGUUACCGUCAUAUAUUUUUUAUACUCAAAAUAAUUGUAAAGUGGAAUAAUCGGAUCGGUUGAAUAUAUUUAUUUGUAAUUUUAGGACAGUCUAUUCUAGGUCGUAUAGUUGCAACGAUUCUCAAAUUUCGAUGCAAUGCCCGUUAAUUAUAUUCGUAAUAUUUAAUCGAAAUUUCACGUUACACAAAGUGCUCACAGCAUCUUUGUACGAUUUACUUUGAGAACGACUCUUUCGAAGGAUGCUGUUUUAAACGAAACUUAUUAUCGUGCAUUUAAAAAUGCGUAUCGCAUACGAUUUAAUUAAAUAAAUACGUACGAAUCGUAGGUUUCUCAACGAUGCAAUAAAAAUGUUGCUAAUGAACGCGACUUUAGUACAUUUUUAUUUGUUGCGAUCACUCGGAUGCCGAUUAUUAUUAUCUGUUGUUUAUUGUAUAAAUCUUUAAAGCGUUGUUGUACGAAAUUUAUUUCGAAAAAUGUAAUCACGUUCGGUGUAUCAAUUUUACAAUGAUUUCGCACCAACCAACUAUAUGUGUAUAUAAAAUGAUAGAAUAUUUUGUUAAUAAACAAUCAUAAAUCAAUAAACUGUGAUAAAAUAAAGAAAUGUGUGGGACAUUUUUAAACCUGGAAAACUGUCGUGGCGAAAAAAUAAACUGAUCAACGCUACUUCCCUUACCAUAAAUUAUAUAGUGUUCCCUUAUUUAAACUUUAUCAUAGCUAAUGGAACAAUGUAUUUUCUUGUGAUAUGCCCCUGUUUGGAUCCUCAAACCGUAAUUUGAGGAACAUCGUGCUAGACGAUGAUAGUAGAAUUAGCAUUAUCCAGAAUAGCCUCGAAAAUGGCCAAUUUAUUGGCACUAGCUUCGCUCCAAGACAUUCAACGUUAGAUCAUAAAUCUACAUAUUUGAAGGAAUUGCAGGCUACGUAGUUGGGAACUUGUAUGAUUGGAAGUUGAUGAAUAGUCUUCUAGUGCCAAGAACGCGAGAUAUAGUCACGAAUUUAACGAAAUGUUCCAUUCUGUCGAGUAAAAAUAUAGACAUUUUACCUCUGAAUUUUUCGUAAAUAUGUGCAUUCGAAAUAUUAACAAAGUUACAACGUAGAAAAUGACCUGGAAUGAAAUUAUAUUUUAGAAAAUAGUAUAUAAUAAUUAUCACUCUGCAUCUUGCACGAUGUUCCCACAAUAAAAUUGCAAAAAAUCCAUAUAACUUUAUUUAACGAAAAUCGAUCUUUAAGGCCUGCAAUUUACAUGGUACUUAUAUGUAGUAUAAUGUUUGGACGGCACAGCACACGAGGCGGGAAAGCACAGAAACGAAUAAAAUGUUUUUAAAGUUUAUUUUUAUUUAAACUUCCACAUUGUUCGCAUUACCUUUUAAACAUUAUACGUAUAUCUUCGACAAUAGUAAAAUAUUCAUAAAUAAUAAUAAUAAUCGUUACAAUGCUUACAUACUCUAAGCAUUCUCGUGUUAUAGUCUUUUAAUGUAGUACACCUAAAAACUAACACAUACAUAAGUUAUUGUUUAAAGAUCGCUUUACGUUCGCGUUUAAUCGUUCGAUAGAAUUUUGUGCACAAGCACGCGAUGUGUUAAUUACUUUUGCGUGUGUCUGUUAUUAUUUAUUUAUUUAUUUAUUUUUUUUUUUCAUUUUCUUCUCUUUGUGCUUCUCACGAAACGAUAUUUAAAGAUACACUUUCAAAGGCAAUGCGUGUUUCUGAAAAAAUAUUUGUGUUACUUCUAAAAAGGAAGUAUCAAAGCGUCGUAAAAGCUGGUCGUACCAAAAGGAAAAAUAAUUUAUCAAACAUCUGUUUUUCAACUACUCGCACGACGUACAGGCGCCGUUCAAGACCUUAACGAUCACAAUUAUUUAUCUAUUUUCCGUCGACUGUAGAUCGUAACAGGGCGGUCUUUCAAACCGAUUCCGCAUUUUGAUUCGCUGCUGGUCGAGAUUCGAUCGAUUAACGACAACCAUGAAAACACGUGUACUUCGAAGAACCGUCGAAGCGACAAAGCUGAUCGA